AUGUGGUCUGAUUCGGAGGUAGAAAAAAUCAUACAAUUAUUUCCUGAGGCACUCUUUUCAGAUCAUAUCAUACCCCGGCCUGUGGAGAAUCCAUAUACUCAAGGUCAUAAGGGAAAGUCCGGACGGCACAUCAACACUACCGUGCCACGUGACGAUCGGAAAAUGAGUAAGACUGAAAUGUCACUUGUUGACCCGAUGUGGGAGCUGAUCGAUCCGGCGCCUGACGUGCGAGCUUUGUUCUUGCAGUUCAACUCCACGUUUUUCGAUGGAAAAUUGAGUUCCGUAGAAGUACGCUGGAGUCCUCGGAUGACUCUUUGUGCCGGUUUGUGCUGUUAUGAGGGCCGCGGUGGACUCUGUUCUAUUCGAUUGAGUGAACCUUUGCUAAAAUUGCGUCCCAGAAGUGACCUUGUGGAAACACUUUUGCACGAAAUGAUACAUGCGUUUUUGUUCGUCACACAAAAUGAUAGGGACAGGGAAGGUCAUGGACCUAAUUUCCAGUUUCAUAUGAGGCGUAUUAACGCACAAGCGGGAACGCGUAUUACGAUCUAUCACACAUUUCAUGAUGAGGUGGCAAAUUAUCAGAAUCACUGGUGGCGGUGCACCGGCCCCUGUCAGCAGAGGCCACCAUAUUUUGGUUAUGUGAAACGGGCCAUGAAUCGGGCCCCCGGUCCAAACGAUACCUGGUGGAGUCAGCACCAGGCCACUUGUUCGGGCCGCUUCGUUAAAAUUAAGGAGCCGGAAAAGUCCAACAAGUCGACCAAUCGUAAAAGAGAAAUCAAGGAUCAAGCAACUUCCCUAUCCGCACCAACAGUUGUGCAGAAGUCGUGCCCAUCGGAAACUCAAAUCGACCACAUUGCUAUCAGUUACCGAUGGCGCGGACCCAUAACGGACUGUCGGUCGUUUUGGAACACAUUUGUGGACUCUGACCACGUGCUCGUCCGGAGUCUCUUCGCCGUACGUUUCCCGGGGCCGCGGAAGCUGCGGACAAACGGCAUGGCAACUGAAAGACUGGCAGACGCGGAUGUCAGACGAACUUACAAGAAUCGUCUUCUUGAGUCUCUUCUAAGUGCUCCACCAUCAGAUGUGAACUCAUACUGGGACGAGAUUGCCACCGCUUUGCAUGGUGCUGGGAAUUUUGCCUGUGGCACGAUCCAUCCAGGCGCACUCAAGCACUGGAUAUCAGACCGAACGGUGGCACUACUUAAAUCUCGAAGAAAUAUCCCAGCCGGUCCCGAACAUAAGCUGGUGCGAAGGGCCAUCAAACGUCAAGUGAAAGUGCGUUUGGGAUCCGACCGUGAAGUAUGGUGGAAACAGAAAGCCAAACAAAUGGAAGAGGCCCAGAAAGCAGGCAAUACCCGAAGAUUAUUUCAUUUGAUCCGUGCGACCGGUCCCCGGAAACCACCUGCCAACCGAUGGUCUGGACGGCUGAUAGACGGCCAGGUUACCCAAGCCUAG